GCAGAAUUUUGCUAUAAAUAAGACAUCAUUUCUCAAAAUAUAGCCAAAUUAAUAAGUGUUGUAACAUUUUUGGUGAUUAAAAAUGGCUAUGGUUAGAAUAUUAAUGAGUUUGGCUACCAUAGCCAUUUUGUUUGGUUCUACCAUGGCUGCAAAUCAUACAGUGGGAGCUCCUAAAGGUAGAUGGGAUGAAAGCACUGAUCUUACAACAUGGGCUGCAUCAGAAACUUUCCUAGUUGGUGAUAGUUUGAUUUUUGUGUAUACUCCAAACCAUGAUGUUCUUGAAGUUAGAAAAGCUGAUUAUGAUUCUUGCCAAACAACAAAUGCAAUAUCAACAAAUGGUGGAGGAAUGACUAUCAUCUCUCUAUCUUCUACUGGCAAAAGAUACUUUAUAUGUGGAACUGGUGGACAUUGUGCCUCAGGAAUGAAACUUGAAGUUAACACACUUGCCACAGCUCCUGUAGUUCCUCCACCAGUGUCACCCCCGGUUAAAUCCCCUGUUUCAGCACCAUCGCCGAAAAUUGCACCUAAAAUAUCCCCUGUUUCAGCACCAUCGCCGAAAAAUGCACCUAAAAUCUCCCCUGUUUCAGCACCAUCUCCUAAAUCUUUGGCACCAACGCCGAAAAAUGCACCUAAAAGCUCCCCUGCUGCUAGUAGUCCUGAGACUCCGUCAUUGCCUCCUUCUUCUACUGAUUUUGUACCAACAUCAUCUCCAUCGUCUGCUGAUAAAAUUAGUGUCAUUGCUAGUUCUACCGUGGGAUUUGGCCUUGUCACUAUGAUGUUGUUCUUUAUGUAA